AUGGACGGUCCAUCCACGGAUCCACACACUGAUCCGCAAGUCGUCCUGCGUCGACUCAUAGAGCAAGCUCAGGCGAGUACAGCCUCCUCGCAUCUACAGCCUGACAGUGAAUCGACAUGCAGCGCUGAACCAACCAGUGACAUAGAGGACGAUGAUACAGACAGCUCAUAUGACAGCUCGGAAUGCUCUGCUGCUCUCGACACAUGUCUGCUACCACCUUCAGCAUCGACUGAUCAAGGUAGCCAACUGCUUUCAAGCGAACAGAUAUCGGCUACGCUAUCAGUUAUCACCGCAGAUCGCCGCGAGCUCGCCACUCUCUCACAGCACAAAAAACUCCUCUCGACUGCUCGAAAACGCAACGGCAAGUAUCAACAGUCGCUUGAAAAGUCGCUUCGUUUUCUUUCCAAGACACGCGAAGAGCUCAAAUCCGUACUUCAUUCGCUCGAUGUAGCUGACGUUGUCGACGCCGAAGAUCAGUCUCUCGAAGUCAUCCGCACCUGCAAGCAAGCCGAAGAUGCAGCAGCAGAGUGUCCCUUUCGAGUGUCAAUGGUGCAGCAGGUUCCUCUGUUGCGUCUGCAGUCAAUUGAACGUGCCGAGUACGACGAUAUGCUUGGAUCCAGGCUGUGGCUCGACUUCGAAGACGCGCAGCUGCGCUCAGCUGUAAGCGCUGUCGCGUUGAAAGCGCACGCUAUUGCGCUCAGCUUGGACCCUUCUUUUCGCGGAGAUGCGCUGGCUGAAGCUGCUAAGCUGGAUGAGGUGUCGGCGCUACGACUUGCCGAAUCGAUGGAUGUGGAUCACAAGCCAGCUUCCGAACCGUCCUCUUCGGGCCAAGGAAGAGGCGCAAACAAAGGGCUCGACUGGCCUACCAUCUCUGCUCGUGUUCCCACGCGUAGUUUGGAAGAAGUCAGGACACGCUGGUAUGGCGUUCUUCGCCCCAGCGUCAACACCACAGCAUGGGAUCAGCAAGAAAUCGAGGACCUGCUCCGCAUUGCAACCCCAUUUCUAGCGGCUCAUUUCUCUCAAUCUGCGGUAAGGCAGAUUCAGGAUCAAGUUGAAGAAACAGAGGCUGUGACUUCAACAUCGCAACAUCCUUCGCAUUCACUGCAGUCUCCCGUACCUUGGCAGAAGGUCGCCCGGCAACUUGGGACCGGCCGGACUCCGCAUGCUUGCUUCGUUGCUUUUUGCAGUGCAAUCGUCCAUCGCGAUCAGCCAGACAUGACGUCAGCAGAGGAUGACAAUAUCAAACAACUCUUUUCGCUCUUUCGCGGCGCGUGGCGCUUCAUGGCAUUGCACGCUUCUGCAAGUCCCAACCUCUCAUUAUCCUCAAUCAUUCCGGAAUACGGCUCGAAAUCAAUCACCAAAUCGCAGGAUGAUCGGCCCGCAUCGCUGCUCGGCAAAGUGGGACGCGAUGCUCAGCUCCUCUACCGUCGCUUUCGCAACACGACAGAUCCAGCGCUUGCCAGUGGCUCCUGGUCGAUUGACGAAGACCUUUCUCUGAUCCAAGCCAUCCAACAAGUGGGAGACGAUAGUUGGACGGCUGUAUCGGCUCGAAUCCCAGGUCGCACCUCGACCCAGGCUCGCGAGCGUUGGAAUCGACGUCUGAAGCAGGUUGUAGCUGAAGCAGGUCCGGCUGCAACCGACGAACAGAUCACCGAACUUAUUCAGGGCAAAAAGAAACUCAAGUGGACAUCGGCCAUGGACGCCGUAGUACUGUCGUGUCUCGACGACGAGUGGCGCACCAAAGAUGGCCAGACUUUUGCCAAUGUCGCCAGCUAUGUAUCGGGUCAAAUCGGCAUGCAACUUUCGGAUAAGAGCGUACGCGAUCGCGUCAAAGUCUUGCGUGGUAACAGAGAUGGGCGACUUUCUCAGAGAGGCGAUGCGAAGCCGGACAAGCCGAUGGAGAGCGAGCAGGACGGGGAGACGGGCGAGGACGAAAGUUGCCGCAGUGGCGCUGCUGGACAGAAUGAGCAGAAAGCCAUAAGUGGCGAGAAUAGGACUGACAAAGCAGGAGCUAGCACUUUGGCUGUCCCAGGCGAGCCAGAUGCAAGCGCGCAACAAAUCAGCAGUGCUGGCUCGAACCCACAGCCGCGCGCGCGAAUCACGAUUUUGCCCGGCGCCAAGCGUCGCAAGCUUUGA